GAUUGAAUUGAAAAUAUUGCUACAAUAUAACGAGUAACAAUAAUUACAAAUUAUGGAAUAAUAAAUUAAAACAGUAAACUGAGUGAUUUUUUUAUAUGUAUUUGUUUUCUAGUAUUAACGGAGGUUAUAUUAUAAACAAUUUUAUUAUUGUUUUCGUAUGGUGUAAACAAUAUGACUAGCAAUAGUAUUCGAAUAAAAAUAUAAUUGUUUUAAGUAUAUAACGCUGCAAGAUUAUACAAUGGAGGACGUAGUAAGUGUGAUAAGUAAUUUACACUUACAUCAGCUGGAUAAUGGCUGGGUGCAGGCAAUCUUUUAUUCAGAGUUUUUGGAAUUUGGAGAAUUUCCAACGGAAUAUGACAGUAUAUUGGAGUCACUGGACCUGCCGUUGGCAUUCCAAAAUAUAAUGAAAAGUAUUGAUGAGUGGCAGAGCAUAGAAUCCCUUUCAAGUGAAGAAAAAUCAUGGUCUACACUUAUACAUGAAGUAGGGCAUGAAAAACUACUGGCAUUUUUAGCCUAUUACAUUGACUAUGGUAUUAAAAAUGUUGUUGUAAAGGAACAUAGAACAAAUGCUUUGCUUGCAUCUCGUGUGUACUACAAGUUACUCUCCAUUCCUGGAUAUAAGGCAUACAAUGUGUAUCACUCCCAGUUGUUUGCACAUUCCUUGGCGUGUCUUGGAUUUCCUAAGGCCAUGUGUGACAGUGAGGAUAGUUAUUUCAACACUAAGGAAUUGACUCGUGAAGUGAAUUCAGUUAUUAAAGGACUGAGAAGUUUUGUCCUUGACUUACGAUGUAUUUUGGAGUCUUUACAUCUAAAUCCAAGUGAUAUGAAUUUUGAGGACAUUUUGAGUAACUUGGUUGAUGUCACUGGAGGAGCUAUUGUUAAUAAAUUGAAUGUUGAUAAAAUCGAACUGGGAAACAUAUCUAGAGUUAUUUAUGAGAUGAUAGAUGUUUUGAUGUGCAACUCUAAUGAUGAACCAAAUCCAGAAGCUCUGCAGCUGCUUUUCAAAUGUUUACUCCCUAAACUAAUUGCAGCAUCUUCAGAUAAUAGAAGCUCAAAUAAUAUAGUGCGAGCAUCCUAUGUGACCUAUUCAGGAUUGUUACUGACUAAAUAUGGGAAGGCAGCGCUGUCGGGUUAUAUUGUCCUUCUAGAACACCUAUGCUUCACAUUGGAGGGAUUGGAGCGCGCCGAAGUACGAACGGCGAGGGUGUCUUUGGUGGUUGGGCUAAUGAGUUUGCUACCACGCAAGUCUUAUCGCAAUAUGGUCAAUUGGUUGCUUAAGUUGUCGACAACCGCGAAAGUUUCACAUCGUCAUAUUGCAAUGGAAAUGUUGUCAAAUCUGUUGAGUAAUGAGGCUGAGGCGUCAAAAAAGGAUGAAAAUAAUCGAAGCCAAGAUAGUUCGUCACCUUCUCCUAAUGGUGAAAAUAAUGUUGAUGAAACAAAUAAGAGUCAAGAUAACGCUGCAGAUGAUCAGUUGUCGAAACAAGCUGACAGAGAUUCAUUAUUGACUGAUGAUGACAACACGCAGGAGUCACUUUUGCAACGAGAUAAUUUUGACCAAGAAAUGACAGAAGAAGAAAUAUCAGGUCUUCUUCGCCAACGUCCACAAACUGUUCCACACGCAGAGAUUCUGAGAGCUGUGUAUGAACGCGUUAAUGAUGUGUCGAGCACUCUGCGCACGCGCGCUCUCGCUAUACUCACCGAGUGCGUCACUAGCCAGCGGCUACCAAUGAAACAAGCUGUCGAGGAGUUGAACGGCGCGGGGUCGGUGUGGCGGCUGACGGCGGUGGGCGCGCGCAGCGUGUGCGACGAGCGCGCGGCCGUGCGGCGCGCCGGCGUCGCGCUGCUGCACCGCCUGCUCGCCGCCGCGCCGUCUGCACACACUUCGGCGCCGACCUCCGGCGACAACCCUGAUAAACCUGACGGCUCAGGACUUUCUAGCAUUGAUAACCCUAAUGAAACCAUGCCCGGCCCUAAAACUCCUGUUGAUCCCUCCAUUACAGACGAUUCUGCUGCAAAAGAUCCGAUCAUACCUUGUAAAGAGCCGCUCACUGGCAAUGAUUUAGCGAUCUUAGUCGGGUUAUGUCGAGACGCGAGUAUCAUAGUGCGGUCCGCAGCCAUCGCGGCGCUCGGAGAACUUGUGACGUUAAGACAGAACAAAGCUGGGUUUGACGCUUUCCUAGCGGGGCCCAUGCAUCAACUAUCCGAUCCAGAGAAUAAGAUCCAAGAACAAGUAGUAACGUUAAUCCAUCAAUUGUUAUUUGAUCGUCUUCAAAAAUUCGUUGCUGAAGAUUUGGGUGACCCUAUUCCGUGGAUGUUUCUGGAUGGCAUAACUCGGCGUAACAUGAGAAGACAUUUACAAAAGGCGUGCACCUUAUUGGUUAAAAAUUCUGGUUCAAUGAGUCAUCGCAUAGUAGACAUACUGAGUACGCACUUGGGCGUCGUGGAUGACGAGCGCGACUUGCAAUGUUUAGUUCUGCUCACGAGUCUAGCUCGGCACGUAGACUACUCCAACAUUGGGUUUGCUCUCGACUAUUACUACAAACUUGCGGAUGACGACAAGCCACGUGACGUGCGUCUGAUGCCUUUAACGUUGGAGUUAAUCAGCACAUGGUCGCGAUUCGCUAACGUAGAAGAACGUACCGCGUUACGUGAUCAUCUUGUGAGAAGGCUGGCUGCCGCCAAUGAUGAUGGUUGCAGAAUUCCCUGUGUCACGUUGGCUGCGCAGUUGGACCCGAGCAAUCUUCAAUGGGCUACCGAGCUGAUGCAACUUGCGGAGCGGCGCGCGUUGCAGGGCGGCGGCGUGUGCGAGUGGGUGCGCGCCGCCGACGUGUCGCUCGUGGCGCCCGCGCCGCCCUCGCCCGCGCUGCUGCGGCUCUUCCUCGACGCGCUCGCGCACCUGCCGCCCGAGUGGAGCGGCGCGGCGCGCGGGCUGUGCGUGGCGGGCGCGGGGCGGCUGUGCGUGCGCGCGCGCGCCGCCGCCGCCGCCGCCGCGCCCGCGCUCGCGGCGCUGCUGCGCGACCGCGCCCAGCCGCUCGCGCCCCGCCUCAACUCGCUGCUCGUGCUCACAGACAUCUGCGUCAGAUACACGUGUAUCGUGGAGCCCUUGCUGGACUGCAUGUGCGGCUGCCUGUCGGCGUCGUCGGCGCCGGAGCUGCGCCGCGCCGCCGCGCGUUCCCUCACGCGACUCCUGCUCGGCGGAUACUUGCGCUUACGAACACCACUGUACUAUCGGUACUGCGCCCUGCUAUCCGAUGACGACCACGAUGUGCGUGAGCCUGCAGAGUACUUCGUCACGUGUUGUUUGACUCCUGACGCGAUAUAUCACCACUUCGUCGACUGCGUCAUACAUUACAACAAAGAUGAUGAAGAGAACAUAACAUUCGACUCACGUCAGCUGAUAUAUGACGUGAUGCUGCAGCGCAUGUCGCUGGUGCAGAAAUUGAACAUCCAGUGCCGCCUGGCGAGGGAAGUGCUGGAACACGCCGCCGACCUCACGGACGAGGGCGACGGCGAACUGCCGCACUCACUCAACGCGGCGCUUCUAGACACUAUCACACUGCUGUGCGGGCCUAGGAUGAAACUACCACGAAGACCUCAAACUAACGGCGAAACUGCAGACAUAGAUGAUUUACAAGAACGCGUCACAACAAAUAUCGUUUCUCACAAAAUGAAACGGACCGUCGCUGAAGUGGUGGUGCCAGCAGUGUUGAGACUGUACUCGCGACUGCGGCCGCGCGGUGGACAACUUACCGCUUAUCUUGUUCGUCUUGCUACGGAUCUUCUCAACGAUUACCGACAAGAAAUCGAGGAGUUGAUAGAGAACGACGAGGAGAUGGUGGAGCGCGUGCAGCAGUUCCAGGAGACGAUCGGGCAGGCGCCGUCAUUCGGCAACGCGCGCAACCUCGUGACCGCGUCCGCGCCGCCCGACCCCGACACGCCGCGCGCGCCGCGCCGCCGCGCCGCGCGCCCUGCCUGCCCGCCCUGCGCGAGCCGCUGCGCAAGCGCGCGCUGCGCAUAUAGACGCGCGCCACCUGCUGCCCGCUCACCAGAUGUCCUAGCGUGGCACUACACUACGCUACACUCGACGUCUUAGAGAAAACCAAUAUCUGGACUGUCCAAAUAAAGCAAAGAUCCGCUCAGUGAUCCGGAUGUCGUGUAGUUGUGGCAAUAUAACCCGAUGCCUACCGGCUUUCCUUUUAGGUUUAUUAACGUUUGUCUCAGUUUUUGAUUUCUGUUACAUUGGCCACUAUAUGCUUUGCAUUUUUUUUUUAGAAAAGUUAUACCUUUCGCCACUGAAUGUAAAUCCUAGUGUAUUAGCAUGCUAAACAAUCAUGUUAAUUUCGAAUAUGACACGUUGAUUCAAAUUAUGUAAAUUUUAACAUUUUAUAUGAGAGAUAUGAUAAUUACUUAUAUGCUUACUUUUUGUGCUUUCUAUAUCACUUCUUCUCCCUACAGACCCAUAGUGUGUCAAUAUCCAUAGCGACAGUAUUAGUAGUUAAGACCGAAUAUUAUCUUUUUUAGAAUUGGUGCCGCUCAGCAGGAACUAAAGAAACAACAUGUUGUACCAUUUAUAUUGCCAAGCACUAAUACGCAACUAUAUUUAAUUUGCGAAAUAAUAAUUAAACUUCGUAUGCUAGAAAUUAGCGCUAUAAUACUAAUGAAUUCAAUACUAGUGUAGUGCCACCAUAUCUUUUCAUAAUUUAUCCGAUUUUGUUCAAAGAACAAUGCCAUAAUCAAUGGCAAUAAAUUAUUUGUUGAUAAAAAUAGAGAGCAAAUUAUAUCUUUACUAUUUAAAUAAACAUAAAAUUACUAUGUAUUCAA